AUGGGGGUCCGGCUGCUCGCCGAGCUCCCGGUGUUCCGCGCGCCCCAGAGCUUGCCGCCGCCGUUCGAGUUCAAGCGCAGGCGCUCGACGUUCCUGCUCAAGGGCCCGCACCGCGACGACAUCGUCAAGCUCAUGCGCACCGAGUCGGAGGCGCUCAAGGAGGAGCGCAAGAUGCUCUACGAGGCGGAGAAGGAGCUCACGGUCGUGCACGACGAGCUGCUGAACACGCGCGCGAUGGAGCGCGUCCUGGGCUUUUAG